CCGUCCCGCGCGCAGGCGCAGUCGGCGCCGGAAGCCCCCGGGAGCACGCGAUGGCGGCGGCGUCGGUGGCGUCGGGGCUUCGCGGCGGCUCCUCGUCCUGCUCGUCUCCCGGCGGCGGAGGAGGCGGCGGAGGCGGCUCUUCCUCGUCCCCCGGCGCCGCCUCCCCCUCGCCGGCCGCCGCCUGCUCCCCGCCCCUGGGGCCGCCGUCGGGGCUGGCGCUGGAGGCGCUGGCGGGGCUGCUGCUGCCUCGGCGGGGACCCUCGGCCACGCCGCCCCCGGGGCUGCCCGGGCUGGUCCGCUGCGCCAGGGACUGCGGGGGGCAGGCGCAGGCGUCGCCGUCGCUGAGCAGCCUCCUGGUCCUCAGCAGCGCCCGGAUGGGCUCCAUGAAGACGCGGUUCGAGGGCCUCUGCCUGUUGUCGCUGCUGGUGACCGAGAGCGGCUCGGAGACCUUCGCGGAGAACUGCCUGCUGUGGCUGCGGAGUCUGCAGCACCUGCUCCAGUCCCAGGAUCCCCCUGGCACCAUGGAGCUGGCCGUGCUGGUGCUGCGUGACCUCCUGAGCUACUCUGCCCAGCUGCCGGAACUGGCCCGGGACAUCGCCACCAACCACAUCCCCGGACUGCUCACCUCUUUGCUGGCCCUCAAACCGGAGUGCCAGCUCCCUGUCCUGGAAGGAUGCCAGGCGUGCAUGACGUUUUACCCCCGAGCCUGUGGCUCCUUGCGGGGCAAAUUGGCCACCUACUUCCUGUCUUGCAUGGAUGCCGAAACGCCUCACCUGCAGCAACUGGCCUGCGAGUGCUACGCGCUCCUGCCUUCUCUGGGAGCAGGUUUCGCACAGGGGCUCAAGUACCGCGAGUCCUGGGAGCAGCAGGCGCAUUCUCUGGUGGCCACGCUGCACCGCCUCCUGGGCAUGCUCUACGAGGGGGCCGAGACGGAACCGCUGCACUACGAUGGGCCGGGAGAGGAAGUGCUGCUGCCGCCGCUGCGGGACGAAGAGACCAGCUCCCUCCUCCUCCUCCUGGCAAAACGCCGGUUUGCGGCUUUGGCCAAAUGCCUCUGCCGGAUGCUCAGGAACGAUUUUGGGGCACCUGUCGCGGUCCCCGCCCAGGCCAUCCUGGACCUCGUCUGCCGAGCCCUCGACGUCUCUGUGAAGAACAUGAGCUGGUUUGGCGAUGGACCCCUCCGGAUGCUGCUGCUCCCCUCAAUCCACCUGGAGGCCCUGGACCUCCUGGCUGCCCUCAUCGUGGCUUGCGGUCCUCGCUUGGUGCGGUUUGGGGGAAUCCUCUGCCGCCUCUUUCCCCAGGUGCUGAACGUGUGGCGGGCUGGCCAGGAUCUGCCCUCCCCCGGGCUGCAGAGACCUUACAGUGCGGUUCGGGCUCGGCUGUACCAGGUCCUGGAUCUGUGGGUACAAGUGGCCGGAGCAGCCUCGGGGGUCCUGCUGGGGCACAGCAGCCAAAGCGAUGCCCUGCUGGGACACCUGAUCAACGACAUCAGCCCCCCCAGUGACACCCUGAAGAUCCAGCCGAGCCCCCCCUCGGAGGGGAAGCCCAGCGCCGCCAAGAAGCCCAAACUGUCCGCGGUGGGCGGCCUCGGGUGCCCGUUCCGUAAGCACGACCCCCAGGCCAACAGCGACGUCUGCCUGGCAGCCUUGCAAGGCCUCAGCCGGGUCAUCCUCCUCUCCGGCAGCCUCAUGAAGGAGCCGCUCCACACGAGGCUGCAGGAGCUGGCCAUCCCGCUGCUCAUCCAGCUGGGCCAGGCAGAGAUGCCCCUGGGCUCCCCCUACGCCAGAGCCGGCUGCAGGCGCGAACUCUACCGGCUCCUGCUGGCCUUGAGCCUCUCUCCGGCCCCUGCCUGCCCCCCACCUCUGCACUGCGCCCUGCGGCUGCUGAGCCAGGGCCGCACGGAUCCCAACCUGCUGGUCUCCUCCUUCUGCACAGAGGCCGCCGUCAUCUGCAGCGCCCUCCUUCACCCUCGGGUGCCCUCCUUGCAGCUCCCCCUGGCGGCCCCUCCUGCCCACCUGCCCGCCUCCUCGGAGGUCUCCCCUGCCGCGGCGGUUGCAGCCGCCACCCUCUCCCCCUUCUGCCCGGCCGUCCCGGUGCCCUUCCCUGCCCCCCGCCCCCUCCCCCUGGCCCCUGGGCCUCUCCCCCCCAACUCUCUGGGCCUGCCCCUGCCUGGGCUCGCGGCCCCUCAGCCGCCCCCCCGGCUUAUCCCCGAGGAGCCCCUCCCCCCUCCAUCGCCAGGCACGGCAGAGACGGCUGCCCUGGCCACUGGAGCCAAGUUGCGCCGCUCCGUGUUCGUCCAUUACGACAAGGAGGAAGAGGAGGACGUAGAGAUCUCUCUGGAGAGCGACUCGGACGACAGCGUGGUCAUCGUGCCCAAGGGGCAACUGGGGAAGAUGACCAGCACCCUUAACUCUGCCCCCCUCCCUGCACCCGCCCUGCCCCCCGCCCCCCUGCCCGCCCCCCCUCCCCCUCCUCCUCCUCUCCCCACUUCCCCUCUGGUGGCCUGUGAGGAGGAGGCCCCCCUGGAGCCCCCAGCGCCCCUUUCCCUCGGGAUCCCACCACCACCUGCGCCGGCCGCGCCGGUGCUGCCGCCUUCCCCGGUGGCGGUGGCUGCCGAAGCCCCCCUUCCUGCUCUACUGGAGGAGGACCCCACCGUCAUCAACAUCAACAGCAGCGAGGAAGAGGAGGAGGAGGAGGAAGAGGAGGACUUCCCAGAGGACGAAGAGUACCUGGACGAGGAGGAGGAGGAGGAGGAAGAGUUUGAUGAAGAGGAGGGGGACUUUGAGGAGGAGAUGGAUGAGGAAGACGAUGACUUUGAUGAUGACGAGGAGGGCCUGACGGAGGAGGAAGAGGAGGAGGAGGAGGAGGAGGAAGGCCUGACGGACGAGGAAGAGGAGGGAGAGGUGGGGCUGCCUCCUCCUCCUCUGCCCCGAAGGAACGAAGACGACCCUCCAGCGCUCCUGCCGGCUGUGAAGGACGGGGCCCUCAAUCUGGUGGAGGAGGAGGAGGAGGAGGAUGGGGCCGCUGGGCUACUGAUGGAGGUCGAGGAGGAAGCCUUCCACCCCCCUGAGGAGCAGGAGGAGCAGGAGGAAGAGGAGGGAGAGCGGACGGUGGGGCCCCUGCUGCUGCUGAAGGCGGAGGGCGACACGGCCUUGCCUCUGCUCCCUGGGGCCCAGUCCCUCCCUCCGCCUCCCCUGCAGGAGGGGCCCGGCCCACUGGGGCCCCCCAUGGACCAGGAGGGCCACUCUGAGCAGAAGGAGAGUGCCGGGGGGGCAGCCCCUGCAGGCUCACUGCAGCCGGAGGAGGCCCCCCUCCGCACGGGCUCCAGCGGGGACCGGGGCCAGCCCAGCCCAGGCUCUGCAGCUGCGCAGGGGGAGACGGAGAAGCCGCCGCCGCAGCCGGACGAAGAGGUGGUGGAAGUGAAGGAGAAGGAGGCCGGAGCCCUGGACGAGACGGAGGCGAUGCUGGCGGACUUCGUGGACUGUCCGCCGGACGAGGAGAAGGACCCCGCCCAGCCCUGCUCCUGAGAAGAGCAACCAGCUGUCAGCAUCACUCUUUUUUCCCUUUGCUGUUUUUUACUGUGGAAGUUCAAUAAAGUUUCUCCCUUCUCGUGCA